UGUAAAUGUAACUGUCGAACAAAAAGUUGCGCUAGCUAAAGAAGCAGCGAGACUUAAAGAAUUAGUAUCUAAUCUAAAAAUUCAAAGAGAUGAUAUACUUAAGAAAAAUGAAGAACUUGAAAAAAUUGCAGAAGGAUUAGCAGAAAAAAUCAAAGAAGCUGCUAAAGAAGCAAUGAAACAAUUGAAUAUUGAUGAAAAUUUAAUGAAAGAAAUUGAAGAAAAAAUUGAUACAGAAGCACAAAGAAUAAUAGAAGCUCUUCCAGCAAAAAGUAAAGAUAAAACUGAAAAUAUAGAAGCUGCUUUAGAAGCUGCUAGACAAGUUACAGGAUAA